AUGGAGAAGAGUGGGGGGCCAAGAGGCAGUUCAGCGGGUCAAGGAAACAACCAUGAUGGAUCAAAAAAUGCUGAGGGAGUUAGAGAUUUCGAAGCCCAUGUGAGGAGGUCCUUCGGCGAAGCCAGCGGGCGGCUGGGCGACGCUAUCAAGAGAAAGGGAGAUUUGGGCAGCACCAUCAAGAUAAAGGGGGAGCUGGGCGAAGCCAUCAGGAGAGAGGGAGAGCUGGGCGAUGCCAUCAGGAGAGAGGGAGAGCUGGGAGGCGCUGAGGUCCUAGCUCUGGGCGGCGCCAACCAGCCAUUGGACAGACUGGGAGGAGUAGCCGAGUCCGGCAUGUUUGUUCGGACUUUGGAGUACUAA